GACUGGCUCCAGCCAAUUCUUUUAUAUAGUUAAUAACUCGCAAUUUAUUGUUCUGUUGUAAAAAAAAAACAAAUUCAAAAAAAGUCUAUAAACUUGCGCGCGAGAAUAAACAACAAUCUCCAAUACAUCACACUUCUCGCCUCCUUCUCGCCUCUUUGUCAUAAAUUCGAUCGGAAUAAUUUUUUUUUUUUGGAAAACAAAAAUGGGAUUUGGACUGAUUUUAUUGUUGAUUUUAUACAUUAUUUGGGAUGUAAACUAUUUUAUACGAUGCGUGUUCACCGUGGCCAUGGGACGUUUGUUUCAAAGCAAACGAAAGAUUACUGAAACAACCACUAUUUAUGGCUUGUGCACAACGCAAGAUGUGGAUAUUUUCAUUCGUCAUAUGAACAAUGCUCGGUAUGUAAGAGAGCUCGAUUUUGCUCGGUUCCAUUUCUAUGGACUGACAGGAUUGUAUGAAGGUGUACGCAAAAACAAAGGUGGUGCCGUACAAGGUGCUUCAUCUGUUCGGUAUCGCAAAACGAUCCCAAUUUUCAGCCCAUACAAAGUUGAAACCAAAUUGAUUUGGUGGGACGAAAAGGCCAUUUAUCUCGAACAGAAAUUCAUUACAUUUGAUGGAUUUGUACGAGCUAUUGCGAUGUCAAAACAAUGCAUCACCAACUGUAAUGUGGUCGAAUUGUUGAAAGGAUUCCAAGGUGGCGAGAAAAUUCCAGAUCCACCACAAGAACUUCAAUUAUGGUUGAAUGCCAUCGAAGUAUCCAGCGAAAAGUUACGCAAAGAUAAAAAAAGCUCUUAAAGAUGGUUCACAAGUUUGAACUUUAAAUAAGUCUUUAGAUUUACAAUUCUUUUGUUAUUGAAACAUUUUUAUUUUUUAUUUUUGGUGUAUUCGUAUGAUAUGAACGUAGCAAGGUCAUCAAAUUAAAAAAAACUUUUUUAUCUGUAUUGAAA